UUAUAUAAUGUCUUUUUUAAUACAUUUAGGACAUUUAAAAUAUCAUUUUAAUAAUUUCCGUCAAUUAUUACCCCAACGUGUUACAUUGUCAACUACACAAAAAGUACUUGUAGUUUCAUUAUCGGCUAGUGUGGUAGUUGUUGGUGUAUUAGCAAGAUACUUGCGCCGUAAAAAGAAAAUUGUUGAUCCAGCACAGUUUAGAAGAAAUAUUUUUAGUAGUAAGCGGUCAAGAGCAUCAGGAGUAAGAAGUCCAAAUGGAGAUUUAGGUAGUGUCGCUAGCAGUGGCCGAAGAAGUGCCGCUUUUAGCAAUAUAUACGGCGACAAGUAUGGCCGACAGAGUUCAGUUAUAACUAGUGAAAAAGGUUCUAUCGCAUCUGGAAGCGGUGUAAGUGGUGGUCUGCAUGUCGGAGAUGGCAGCGAUGGCACUCAUUUGACGCCUCAACAGCUUGGAGUGAUGGGGAUGGAGGCUUUAGAAACGUGUAUAAGUUAUUGGGAAGAUGCAUUAGCAGCAUACAAAUCCAGAGAUGGUGCAGCUCCAUUAGCAGUAUUAAGCCCAGAAGAAACAGGAUUUUGUAGGGAUAUCCAACAGUUACUCGAAUUAGCGUUAGAAUUACAAGAAAAUUCGGAAAUGUUAUUUUUGGAUGAAAGGUCAAUAUUAUUCAAACCAGAAAGCGCCAUUAAAGAAGAAAAUGGUUUAGAGACGGACCUGUCCGGUGGCGAAAGUUUUGCUUCAGCUCAAGAUCAGGUGGCAGAUUUGAGGGAGUUUGAAGAAUUUUCGGAUUACUUUCCUGACUUGGAAGCACAUCCCUUAUAUCAGGCAGCUUUACGACAGUUAGAAGACGGAGGAAUUCCCUGUAGGACACUGAGAACAGAUCUUGUAAAAUGUGGUUCUGAUGGUGAAUACCUUGCUAAAUUGCACUGCCUACGACUGGCUUUUCAACACCUUCUAAGAGAACAUGUAAAUUAUAUAUGGUUUGUAGAUGCCGGUAGACAAAUAUUAGCUGAUUUGUUAUUAUAUGCUGAUAAAGAUCCCAAGGACUUUCUAAUAGGAUACGAAGAAAUACUUCAUUAUAUUCAAGAUCCGAACAAUUGGCGUGAAUUAGAAGAAGAGCUGAGUUCUAAAAGAGUGAAAGCCUUAACAUUUUAUGACGUAGUUUUAGACUAUAUUUUAAUGGACGCAUUCGAAGAUUUAGAUAGCCCUCCUUCCUCUGUUACAGCCGUCAUUCAGAACAGAUGGUUGUCCAACGGCUUCAAAGAAACAGCAUUGACAACAGCAGUUUGGUCUGUUUUAAAAGCUAAAAGGAGAAGACUGAAAUUUCCAAAUGGAUUUAUGGCUCAUUUUUAUACAUUGUCAGAACAGUUGUCUCCCUUGUUAGCUUGGGGUUUUUUAGGAUCUGAUGAACUGUUAAGAGACACUUGCAUAUAUUUUAAGGAACAAGUGAUGGGAUUUCUCUGCGAUAUUUUUAAUUUUGAAAAAUGUAAAUAUACUAGUGUAGAAAAUUUAGCGAUGGACGUUAUUCACAAUAUUAAAGUAAGAGUCAACAAUAUCUGCCAAAGAUUGAGUGCCCAAUCAUAAAACAUUUUAACACUCUACGUAGAUCUUUUUAGCAUUCAUAAAUUAAUUAAACGUUAUCGUUUUCAUUAGUAUUUUAUAAUUUAUUUGUAGGUAUUUAUUAUA